AUGGCGAGCGAGUGGAAGCAGCUGGCGCCCGCGGAGCCGUUGGAGCUGCCACCCGAGGUGGCGAACAAUCUCACGCUGGACACCGUGGUGGCGGACUGCUACGUGAACUUCGGCAAGCGGAAACACAGGAACACCGGCUCGUGGCGGGAGAUUGACCCCGCAGCGGACCUGGGCCCGCCUGGCUCUUGCUACUUUCCGCCGAAAGAGUCCGUCCUGCGUCUCUUGAGCAUUAAACGCGCACCCGGCGAACGAGGACGCGUCGUCCCCGGACCCAGACGGGUUGCACCGGUGCAACCUGCUACCCAGAAGCCGCUUGCUACGCCUUCACCGGAAAUCCUCAAUCUGCCCCCAGGCUACUUCGAACCCAAGGUUAUUGUCGAGUAUCAACCGCGAGCGCAACUUAGACGGACCUACCCUCAUCCUCAGAGUUAUCAUCCUCAGACAUUCCAGCGAUUCAGGGGAACCUGCCAGCCGUCCCAGUCAUCUGUGGCACGUCAAGCCGCACUUCAGGGAAUGCCUCCUCCGGGCAAUGGUCCUUCAGCUGCCGGUUUCUCACCCACGAACGUGUCCCAGUCCGUGGACGUGUCCCAGUCCGUGGACGUGUCCCAGUCCAUGGACGUUCCCGUGUACGAACCGGUAGGCGCUCCACUGGUCAUGAAAAGGAUCGUCAGGCGUUCGAAAGCGGUGCAAUAUGACUGA